AUGUCGCGCGUCAAGAACGCCAAUUUUAGGGACUCGGAAGAGUUCAAGUCACAGCUACGGGACUUCGGUCCCCCGCCGGCAGUGAUGAACGUCGACACUGCCCGGUUCUCUCCCGACCUGACCUCGCGUUCCGCGGUGCCGUCGCGGAAGCGUAACAGUGAAAUGGACGAUGCCGCCAGUGACAGCACGGAACUCUACUCGGCCAGCGGAGAAGACUCCGAAGACGGCUUCGAAGCCGUACGAAGCCGCAAGGCGAAGCGGAGGAGCCUCAGGACACCUUCGCCUGCAAGUACAUCUACAGUGCAGAACAUGAGCCGUCCUCGAGCCCCCGCCAUACUCUUCAUGCCGGUGGUAUCCUCGGACAAUCUGCGGCAUCUGAAUAGAUUAUCAGGAUACGAAGCUUUUACCUCCGCCACCUGUGACAAAAUCAGCAAGGUCCUCGUUUAUGUUCGCAAAGAGCUCACCUACGUGGCCCAGGCCGUGCCUCCUCAUGACGACAACCAUGGUUCGAGGCGGCGGGCGGGCCGGGCGGGCGGACGGGCGGGCCGGACGGGCGGGCCGGACGGGCGGGCCGGACGGGCGGGCCGGACGGGCGGGCCGGACGGGCGGGCCGGACGGGCGGGCCGGACGGGCGGGCCGGACGGGCGGGCCGGACGGGCGGGCCGGACGGGCGGGCCGGACGGGCGGGCCGGACGGGCGGGCCGGACGGGCGGGCCGGACGGGCGGGCCGGACGGGCGGGCCGGACGGGCGGGCCGGACGGGCGGGCCGGGCGGGCCGGACGGGCGGGCCGGACGGGCGGGCCGGACGGGCGGGCCGGACGGGCGGGCCGGACGGGCGGGCCGGACGGGCGGGCCGGACGGGCGGGCCGGACGGGCGGGCCGGACGGGCGGGCAGGACGGGCGGGCCGGACGGGCGGGCCGGACGGGCGCAAAUGA